GCAAAAGCGACACACAAUUUUAAUAUACAAAUAAAUAGCUAGGAAUGUUAGGCUUCGCCCCCAUAGCAAAUGCGUUACGGGGGCUCAAGCCAUUGCCCCCAUGGUUUCGGCGCCUAUGCGAACAGUAUUGGAAAUUAAAGGUAGUAUCAAAGUACACCGUUUGGGGAACCUUACUUGACUUGCAAAUUACGAGAACCAAAGAAUUUUGGAAUGGGUGCAGUAAACAGGAAGCGCUACUCGGAGUUAAACCUGACGACGUCCCUACCAAAAAAAAAAUCCGUAUCCAACGAACCAAGAGCCGAGAAUAAUGAAAAUAUGAAAUCGAAAAAAUAAUUUUGGACACCCUGUGUAUAAUAUUAGCAAUGUACCUGACGAUCAAAAUAAUAUCAGUAUAUAAUCGAAUGCAAACAUAAUAUACCGGACAUAAUAUUCCAACCCGGAGUUCGGAAGGGGAGUGGGUGACAGAAAAAAGGGCUCCCACUCCACAUCGCAGCGCCGCGUUCCUGCGUCCCGACGACGAUACGGUGGUGCGUCGGCAGACGCGCCGGCCGGCAGUUCGGUUCAGUUCAGUCCGAAAAUUUUUAGUGUUUUAGUGUCGCUCCGACUUCUAUCGACGUGAAAAGGCUCUCCCGGUUUCCGAAAAAAAAAAAAAAAAAAAAAUCGAAAAAGAAAAAGUUCCGAGCGCUCUUUCUUCACCCCGAGCCACCCGAGGGUCUAGAAUCGUGCCGCCCCUAAUAAGUACGUGCCGCCGCCCUGCGAUGGGCCUUCGGCCGCCCGCCGCCCUUCUCGGCUAGACCGCCCCCCCGCAGCAUGGCCCUGCUCACCUGGACGCUCAUCGCGGUGUUCCUGCUGUGCAGCAGCCACCGACAGCUGACCCAAGUUACAGGCCUGGGGUCGGUGGCCGGCUCUCCAGGCCCUCCGCUCCAAUCAAUGGACCUGCUGGCCGCCAUGGGACUUUCGAACGUUAGCUGGACCGGGGUCUCUUUGGCCCCAGGAUUUCUCAAAGGCAAACCUGCCUAUUUACUCGAAGGAAACCGUCACGAUUUACGUUUACCUUCGGACGCGUUCCGGGAAGCUGCCGCUUUACUCCAGGGCGGUUCCGAGUUCACAAUCGGCGCCUGGUUGCGUCAAGAAAUCGAAAAUACCGGUACAAUAUUCAGCGUUUCCAAUGGCCCGACGCGAUUCCUAGAAGUACAAUCGAGCGGUCGCCGCAACGAGAUCCGGUUGCACUACACUUCGUUACAAGACCGUAGGAUUUACAUGGAAAGUUUCCACUAUAGGUUGGCGGAUAAUAUGUGGCAUCAUUUAGCGGUUUCCGUUAGCGGAUCGCAAGUUGAGGUUUUGGUAGACUGUCAUCCGCUUUACAAGAGAGUUCUCAGGCCUGGACAGCCUGAUAGGAAUGUUACGGAUCGAUAUCAGAUUUGGGUCGGUCAACGACAUAAUCAUUAUUUCUUUAAGGGUUUUUUACAAGACGUGCGAUUAAUAGAAGGCUCCCAUGGAGUUUUGGCUGUGUGUCCGCAACUGGACGUAACUUGUCCAACCUGCGGACAAUUCCUGAUCGUGCAAACCGCUGUACAAAAGCUGGAGCUCAAAUUACUGGAGCUAUCGCAAAGGUUAGCUAAUGCCGAAGAGAGAUUGACUAAAGUCGAAGAGUGCGACUGUCAAAAGUCUUGUAAAUCAAAUGAGACAAUUCACGCAGACGGGUCGACGUGGCAAACAGGAUGUGAAGUUUGCUCGUGCAAGGGGGGCAACAUUACCUGUAACCCUGUAGAAUGUGCCCCAGUAAACUGCAAAAAUCCUGUCAAACCUAACAAGGCAUGUUGCCAAACUUGUUUGAAACAAUGUUACUUCAAUGAUGUAAUGUAUGACCAUGACGAAAUUGUCACAGUGGAAAAGUGCAAGGACUGCACCUGCGUAGAUGGUUCAAUGGAAUGUAAAGUCUACGACCCCAAUGAUUGUCCGCACCUGAAUUGUGCAGUAGACCAGCAAAUUCGCGUCUCUGGUAGUUGCUGUCCCAUUUGUAAAGGCGUCGACUAUUGUGCCAAGGGCCAGUUUUGCCAUUCUAACGCGACCUGCCGCAAUUUGCAAACUACUUACGCUUGUCAAUGUGAUCAAGGCUUUAGGGGAGAUGGACGUCUUAUAUGUUCUGAUAUUGACGAGUGUCAGCAAGAAGGAGGCCUCGAAGGCCAUCACUGUCACUCGAACACGCGCUGCUUGAACACGGCCGGCUCGUACGAGUGCGAGUGUCUGGACGGGUACGUGCGAGUCGAUCGUUUCAACUGCGCCGAGUUGGACGAGUGCAGCACUGGCUCGCACAAGUGUCACUCCAACGCCGACUGCGUCAACACCCGAGGCAGCUACAAGUGCCAGUGCAAAGACGGAUAUGCCGGAGAUGGAUACACUUGUACAGCAAUUUGCUCUCCGGGUUGUCUUAAUGGAGGCAGUUGCGUGAAACCAGGCCAGUGUUCAUGUCCGGGAGGCUACACUGGUACUUCGUGCGAAAGAGACUUGGACGAGUGCGCAACCAAAGCGCACCGAUGCACAAACUCGUCGAUAUGCGUCAACAUGAUGGGCUGGUACUACUGCCAGUGCAAGCCGGGCUACGAAGGCCCGGUACCCGACAACAAUUUAGGAACUUCGUGUGUAGAUAUUGACGAAUGCGAAGAAUCCCGUCACACGUGCCACUCUACAGCGCAAUGCCUAAAUACUGAUGGCGGUUUCGAGUGCCAUUGUCCUAGCGGCUCGGUGGAUUGCCGGUACAGUUGCAUCUUUGAGGACCGCGAAGUAGCACAUGGCAUCACUGUCCAAUCAAAAUUCAAUCCUUGCUUAAGCUGCACGUGCCAAAAAGGUGUCAUCACGUGCGAGAAACCAAAAUGCGACUGCCGGAAAACGUUUUCGGACACUUGCUGUCCGCAAUGUGACUCUAGGCAUGCUUGUAGGCACCAGGAAUUAAACGAAGUCCUGUUUAUGCAUGGAGAAAGAUGGUCGUAUCAAUGUCAAACAUGCGAAUGUCUCUAUGGUGAAAUCGACUGUUGGGAAAUGAAAUGUCCGCCAUUGAUUUGCUCGAAUCCCAUCCAUAAUGUAGGCGAUUGUUGUCCACAUUGCGGUGACUUGUGCUCAUUAGGCAACUACUCUUUGGGCCUCGGUAGGAAUUGCACGUUCCGUGAACUACUCUACCAGUCCGGACAGGAAUUUCUCGAUCCGAAAGAUCCGUGCGUGACUUGCAAAUGCAAGGACGGAGAAUUGUGUUGCAAUUUUAAUUACCAUUGCGCUGAUUCUGCACCUAAACCGAUGGGCUACGACGGAGUGGUCGCCAAUGCUGCGACGUCAGCGCGACGUCAAAUCAGAGACGUUGCAGCGCCUCAAGAUGAUGCGACGUCGGUACGACGUCGAAUCGCAGACGUUGGUGUUUCUGCGGCGCCUCGGGCUAAUUUUGGCGGCGGUAAGAUGUCGAAAAAACACGAAAUGCCGGCGCCCGGCGGUUGAGACGGUUACGUCAUAGCAGGACGAGUGUUAGUUCCGAAACGUGUCAAUUUCUUUUUUGUGUUGACGGUUGUUUAGGGAAAAAAGGCUGAAAUGAGUAUUAUUGUUUAAAAAUAAUAGAUAGAGAGUAAGAUGUUGCAAAAAAUAAUUAAUGUGGGUCAUUUUGCUUAAUAAAAUAAAUGUAUUUUAGAUUUUUUUGGGGUAAAAAGCAUCAAAAACAACGAUUUUUUUUUUUUAAUUUUAAGGGCCUUUCACACUAUGUCGGUUUUCAUCGUCGCAAGUUUUGUCAGCCUGUUUUCACCACGAUUUUUUUGGCAGUUGGACCUACAAAAAUCAAGCUCGGACUGAAUUUUAAACCGACGAGGUUUUCUACCAUACACUUCGGUCAUUAAUGAAAACCGACAAGUGUGUGUGUGGGGCCCUUUAGAUAGAAAAUUGUAGGGUUACUAUUUAUAAUAUAGUAGGUCGCGACUAUUUGCAAAUACAUAAUUGUCUUUUAGUUCCUAUAGCGAAACAACAGAAUUUUAGGUGUUUUUUUAGCUAAUUUUUAUAAUAAAUAAUAUAGUUUAGGUGAAUUGAAAAACGAAUUUUUGGAAUUUUACAUGAAAAACCCAAAGUUCCUGCUAAAUUAAAUUUACUUAUUUAAUAUAGAGAAAAAAAUAAUUGGAAUUGUGCUUGGUACUUGUAAUUAAAUGAAUUUUUCUUGGAGAAUAUAUUUAAAAACAAAUUAAACUUAUAUGUAUUAUCUAUUCAUAAUCUGUAGUCCAAAGGUAACGGUAAAAUUUUUCAGGUGAUAAAUUCUGUACCUUUGGACUACAGAUUGUGAAUGGGAUAGACCGUUCUGGGAUUUCAUUUGGGGAAUUGUCCUAUAAUGGCUUAUACAUGGGGUGGAAACUAAAACUUGAUUCGUUUAAGGUUUUGUCAGAGCGUCUUAUGGUGCCUUGUUGAUUUUUGGAGUACCCAACCACAGGGCCCCACGUUGGGCGCCAAUUAUUGCUACCCAGUCAGUCAGUUGCACCGCGACCAAGGUUGAUCUAUUGUACCUGUUCAGAGCAACCCCUCCAGUCCUAAGUACUCUAGAAAUUUUAGGACAUCUAGCAGUUCCAGAGUUGGAAUGUCUUCCAACUGUAUGAGGGCAUUUCCCAACUUCUUCAUUUUUGAGCAACUAACGGUAUCGCAGUGCUUCUUACUAUUUGGAAUGUCGCAGGUGCGUUCUUUGAUCCAAAGGGCAUUCUAUUCUAACAUCAAACUAAUGCUGUUCUUGCAUCGAAUUUUUAUGUAUUGUUGUACUCGAUUAUCCCUGACUAUUCCCGCCUGGGUAUUUCCCGGACAUCUGCUGUUAUCUCCAGUUAUCCCUAAUUAUCCCUUAACUAUUUGCUGGAAUACAAUCCCAUAUAUAUCAUAAUACACCAAACUUUCUUCCUACUUUAAGUUUAUCUCGAGUUAUUUCUGGUCACUCCUGGGUUCUUCUCUCGUUUUUCUUAUCGGGUCUAGUUCCCUCUGACUUUUCCUUCUGCAUCUCCUUGUCAUUUGUCUUAAAUUUUGCAGUCUUGUCUUGAUUACUUUCACUUUUCAAGUUUUCCGAAUGCAUUACAAAAUCAGGUGAGACACAGAUGAUCCAAAUAGCAAAACACGUAAGGAUUUAGAGUUGGGCCUUAAAUAAGACGCUGAAAUGUUGCAAGAGCGUUGUGCAACCCAAAAGGUAAUCUGGUAAAUUGAAAAAUGUCCCACUCCGGAACUGUAAAGGCAGUAUAUUGUUUGCAAGUUCUACUUGACAAUAGGCUUUAUAAACAAUUUGUGUUUGGCUAGUGUCUGUCUUUCGAAUUCUGGCCAGUCUUGAGUGUUCUUAACAGAUUUUUUGUGGGCGUUGCAUUUGAUUUUUUAGGUUUUGUACAGGUUUAGAGGUGCGACCUGAUCUAGUUAUAUAUGUUUUUUGAAAAGUGGAUUCUGGGUUGGACUUUAAACUAAAUUCAACAUCAGGAACAACACUAGACCUAGCACUAGACUUAACAUUAUCCUUAAACACACAAGGACUUUGGAUAAAAGGACAUUCAGUAGAUUUGUAAGAAGUUCUAAAAUUUCAUUUGAAUUUGAUUUUACAUUAAAAUGAUUCUGUGAUUCUCUCAAAUCUACUCGAUUUCGUCUAACAAUUUCUCAGUUUCAAAUAAUUCUAGUACUUUUUCAAGGCUGUAAAACGUCAUCAAGAUCACAAUGAACCUAAAAUCGCGUUUGCUGAAAAACUGCUGGUGCAUUCACUAGUCCAAAAGGCAUUCUCAAAUACUCGUAAUGCCUGUCUGGUGUUACAAAGCAAUUGAAUAAUCGGCAACAGGGAUUUGAUGAUAGCCAGAGGCAAGAUUCAAGCUUGUAAAAAACUCGCAUCCAUUCAACCUAAUCUAAAAGGUCAUCAAUACGUGGCAAAGGAAAUUUUUCUUUGACUGUUUUUGUAUUCAAUGGACGAUAUUUUAUUGCAAAUGACAGGUCACUGUAAUGACAGGUAAUAGGUAGAGCCCUCUAAGAGAAUUCUCAAAACAGAAUAUUGAACGAUGUUAUAGAAAAAUAUCGAAUAUUGAAUACAAAACAUCGAUGAAUCAUCACUAUCUCACAUUGACCUUCACAUCCAAACUACUCUUUUCCUGAAGCUAAAUCCGAUGAUGUGCAUGCUUGCAGCUUGCACAAUACAAAUUUAUAAACAUAAAUAAUUUGUCUUUAAAUAUAUUCCUUAUAAACAAUCAAUAACGCCUAAAAAGUAUACAAUUAUUAAUUAAAAAAAAUUAAAAAAAGACAAUAAUUAAAAUAUAUUGUGCAGAAAUUAAACGUGGCCUAUUUAGAAAAAACAAAAAACGAAAAAAAAAAACAAACCGAGGUUCAGUUUUAGUGAACCACCCUGUAGGGCUUAAUGUAAAUAAGAAAACUGUGCAAGGAAAAAUAAUUGGAGGCUGCAAUCUCGUUUAUUAUUUCGCUGUUUGAUGUCGCAUUUUGUAUGAUAGAAUUUGUAUAAAAAAUUAGUUUGUAGAUGAUUUAUUUUGUAUUUUGUUUGUAUUUGCAUUUUAAAUCUAGUUGUAUAAGGCCAAAAAAAAAAAAAACUAACCUUAUAUCGUGCAUCAGCAGCUACGUUCUAUAUAAUCAAAACAAUUAUAUUUAUUUUUGUAUUUUUUAUUAUUUAAUUAAUUGAUAAUAGAACGUAGCUCCUAAACAGUUUAUUAUUGCUAAAUUCGUCUAGUCAAAAUCUGGGCUUAUAAAUUAGUCGAUGGAAGCAUAUCUAGCUGUAAUUUUGAAAUUAUUGCAAUAUUAAAAAUUGUGAUAUCGUAUAUUUAUAAUGAGACUAAAAAUUAAGAAAUAUUUAUUUUAAUUUUUUCCAUUAAAUGUUAGUUCCUUGUGCUGUGUAUGUGCGGCCUCUGUAAGUGUAUAUUAUUAUUGGGACAAAAAAUAAAAUU